AUGAUUCAUCGUAAAUUAAUUCCCAAGCUCUCUAUUCAGUCUCCUGUUCAUCACACCAACUUAAAGGUCCAGUCCACAGAGCCACCUUUUAAGAAAGAAGACUUACAUUUGAUUUCAAAAGACUCCUUGGAAUCUGAUUCAGAAAGCCUCACUCAAGAGAUCAAGUCCCAGUCUAAACUUGAAGACCAAAUUCAGGACAACGACAUGGAGCCUGACAGCUUAGAGGAGGAGAACUUGAGUGAGACGGAAGAGGAAGCAAGCAGAAAAGCAGCUCAGAGAAACCUCCAUACCCAAGAUGCUGGUGCGAAUAACAGUCAACAACCCAUAGAAGACAAAUACUCAGACCUGCGAUAUGACCCAAAUUGGAAGAGGAAAAAAGAGGAGGGGAAGUUGUUGGCUGUGGAAGCAUUGCCAGAGUCUGUGGACAGCUCUGCAGAAAAUCUGACUUUGAAUCCACUUUACCCUUCCAAGGAGACUUCGAUGGAACUCUCAGGGGGGAAAGGUGAACAGAAGAAGAGCCCACCGAGCACAGCCUCCUUACUUGGGAGUGAAUUUUUAAGCCCAAACUACGAGCAUGGUGCCCAUCGCAGCGGGCCGUUUUCAGUGCUGAGCAGCAGUGACCAGGAGGAGAAGUCCAGCAACCUCUCUCAGUACUUGAAGAGUUCAAGUUCACAGAGUGAGGUAUUCCUGCCAGGAUCACACGGCCCUCGGCGAAGGAAGUCCAAACAGUAUUUUGUGGAAAAAAACAAACUGACCUUGGGAUUACCCACUCCGAAAACAGACUCUUAUCUUCAACUUCACAAUAAAAAAAGGCGGGAAACUCACCCAGAACAGAUCUCCUACCCCGUCAGAGUAACUGACAAGACGUCUAUUCAGAACACCAGAGAGACUGGAAAUGUCACUAUCGACCCUGAAGACAAAUGGCAUCAAAAAGCCCAACAGCUAAAGGAUUACCAGGAACACUGGUCUCAAUUUGAAAAUGCAAAAUCAAGCAAUGGACCCAGAGGUCAAUCUUCAGAAACAACCAAUGGCCAGCAACCUUCCAGAAGACCAGCCACGCACAAGAUUCAAAAACAGCAUAAACACCGGCAUGGCCCAAAGUCUUUGGUGACUGAAGAGCUGGUUGUCAGUCAAGGAAACCAGAAUAACGCUUCCAGACAGCAGCAAACCCCAAAUAAGCCUAUACAUACUGCAGUGAAACAGGAAACAGUCGUGAUUAUGAAUGCCCCGAGCAAUGAUUUACAAUACUCAGGUAUACCGAGAAGCCAGGAACCCAAAGUAACCUCCAAUAAAUUUGCUCCACCACACCAGGCUUCUGACAAGGUAUUAUAUAAAAAUUCUACCAGGUGUCACUCAAUGAUGAAUGUUAAUACAGAAAGAGGACGCAAAGACCAAGAAGAGAAAAGAUUUUCAAAUCAGCAGCUACACAUUGACACUCUUUCCAAUAUGGACUUGAACUAUCUUCAUGAACUGAAUAAGAAACAUGCAUCCCUUAGCCAGAAAGGCUCUCAGUCUGUUUCUAACAUAAAUGAUAAUGGAUCAACUGAAAAUAAGAAGCAACCCAAACGGACUUAUACAGAAACAAAGUAUAAGAACUUAGAAAUAUUAUGGAAGUUCCAUUCUUCCUCUGAGAGCCAACCUGCUAGUGCCUCUCCAGACUCACGGCUCACCCAGACAAUGGAGCAGCAUCAGCAAGCGCUAAUGCAUCUGACUGAGGUGCAUCCCCACGAAGGGGCCUUACCCGGCGUCACGCUUCCACCCAUACCAUCAAGGGUGGAAAGUGAAUCCCAACUCAGUUCAGAGAGAAGCCAAAGAAACCAAGUGAAAAUUAGCCGUAGCAAUUCUGAAGGCUAUCUGUUUCAACUGCAAAAGGGGAAGAAGCAUAGGAAAAGAAGCAGCAUUAAGAGUUCCAAGCUGAAAGGUUAUCAGAACAGAGACAUGAAGCUUGGAGGCCUCGGACCUGACCUUGAGUCCAUCAGAGACAAAAUGCAGAAAUUAAUACAGCAAAAGGAAUAUGCAAAACAAGUAAAGGAAUACAACAUGAAGGCACUAUCCAUCCCGUCAAAGCCACAAAUAGCAAAGACUGAAAAUAAAUCUGCUGUCCCUCGGCAGAAGGCUUUGGAAUAUGCUAAGACCAUCCCCAAACCCAAACCUUCAAAUCUGAGUGAUCAAGCCUCAAAGGAAAAGAAAAAUCCAACCCAUGCUGGAAACGGAGACAUUUUACCUGAAAUCUCACUGCUGGAAGUACUGCAGAACAGACAUGAAAGGGAAAAACAGGCUGUGGCUGCUUUUAAAGCCCUUCAUAUUGUAUAGACAAGAUAUGACCAGAGAUGCCCAGGGGAUGGACUUGGAGAAGAGAAACUCCAGCCCACUGCUCUGCAUUGAGAGUGAUGACCUAGCAUCGUCACCUAACUGCAGUCCACGUUUGCUUCGUACAGGGUUUAAAAUAUGGGGCCCUAUUACAUUACGGCGCCAUAUUUUACUUUCCAGGAAGAAAAACUAUUUUAAU